GAAUCCCGAUGCGAAAUCUUACCAACACAUGGCAUUCUCGAAGCAUUAGGAAGAGUUACACCCGGGUCAGUUGCCUAUAAGCUUAUUCCAUCUAUGUUGAAGAAAACUAAAGGAACAUUGGAAAGAAAGAUCACGGAGGCAUUUUACACUGAAAGAAUGCAACCUGACCUGAACUCAAAUGAUGAGCUACAGGAC